AUGACUGGCUACCUAAGUAUCCCAACGUUCUUCAUUAUCUUUCGCGAGACGGUCGAGGCAGCGAUCAUCGUCUCGGUUCUGCUUUCAUUCCUCCGGCAGGUGUUGAGUGAUGACCAUGUCAUGCGGAAGCGACUUUCUCGUCAGAUCUGGGCAGGAACUGCUCUUGGAUUGUUGAUAUCUUUGGCUAUCGGCGGAGCCUUUAUCCUCGUCUGGAACUGGUAUGGAAAGAACUUGUGGGCGGCGAGUGAGGGGAUCUGGGUCGGCUGCUUCUCCUUCAUUGCAGUAUUGAUGAUCACCCUUAUCGGAAUCGCCAUGCUCAGGACCAACCAAAUGCAGGAAAAAUGGAAACUCAAGCUCUCCAAAGCCAUGGACGACGAGAACGCCAACGGACUCGGGAACCAGUCUCGCAAGUACGCUCUUUUCUUGCUGCCAUUGGUCACUGUCCUGAGAGAGGGACUCGAGGCGGUGGUUUUCAUUGGAGGCGUCACGUUUACGGAGGAUCCCAAGGCGAUCCCUCUUGCAGUUGUUGCAGGAGUGGCGUUGGGGCUGCUCAUUGGGUUCUUGAUCUACAGAGGAGGAAACAAGAUGAGACUGCAUCCUUUCUUUGUGGGCUCGACUUGUUUGUUGAUGUUACUUGCUGCCGGUUUGGUCUCGAAGGGUGUUGCGGCGUUUGAGGCGGAUCAUUGGAACCGACUUACGGGAGCGCAAUCGGAUGAUGCAGGAACUUUUGAUCCGCGGUACAACUUGUGGGCGCUGAAGUGCUGUGACCCCAAGCAGCCUGAUGCUGGAUGGUGGAGUGUUGCAAAUGCAUUAGUUGGGUGGAGCAACAUUGCGUCGUAUUGGACUGUUGGGUCGUAUAUUAUGUACUGGGGUCUUGUCUCCGCCUGGUUGAUCCGACUCAACAACAAGCGUGUUCAGAAGGUUGGAGAGAAUGUGACGGCUUCGAGGCCCUUGUUGAGCGAAGGCUCGUCGGCAACUGAGCUCGAGGAGAAUGGCGAGGUGUACACGCCGGUCACGGGGUCUUCCAGCGAGCACGCGAGUGAGCAGACGUUGGCAGGAUAUGAGAAUGCGGAGAGCAGUGCUCAUGAUGGACACCAACCACACCACCUCACUCGUCGCCACGAUGGAUAUGGCACCGUACGAAAUGCUGGUGCCAGUGCUACCCCAGGAGCUGGUGUUGGUACUGGUGGAGGAGAGCGGCCAGAAUGA